AUGGCUGCUACCAACACCCCUAUCAUAACUCACCUUCACACCCCAACCCAUUUACCAAUUAAACUUACAUCCUCGAACUUUCCCAUUUGGAAGAAACAGGUCGAGUCUACUCUUAUAGGUCUCGACCUCCUAGGCUACAUCACAGGCUCUACUACAGCUCCGACAAAGUACUCUGAUACAGCUCGCACUGAAAUUAAUCCCGCCUACACAGCUUGGUUCAGGCAGGAUCAAAUCAUUCUCAGUGCCAUUCUCGGCAGUCUUUCCAAUGUCUUGCAACCGGUUAUCUCGUCGGUUGCUUCUGCAAGUGAUGCGUGGACACGUCUGUCCACUAGCUGUGCCGCUACGUCGAAGGGACGUGUGGUGUCGCUAAAAGCAAAACUUGCCAAAAAUCUUAGGGCCAACCGGUCUAUUGACUCGUACAUGAGGGAAAUGCGAGCCAUUGCCGACGAUUUGGCUCUUGCUCAAAGUCCGGUGAGCGAAGAAGACCUCGUGGUUCAUAUAUUCACGCAACUUGGCGAUGAAUACAACCCCAUUGUGUCGGCUCUUCGCGUGCGAACCGAGACUAUCUCAUUUAGUGAGUUGCACGAUGUGCUCACUGAUUUUGAGGGGUUAAUGAAAGAUAAUGAAGCUGCCUCGCACAUCCAUAUGCUGGUUGCGAAUGCCACACAACGCCGGUAUAAUGGUUCAGCUGACUUCCAAUCUCAAACUUACAAUCGACGUGGCAGAGGGUGA